UUCAUUGUUGGAGCCUUUGGGGGUAAAGCCGUCAGGUAACACUGAGAGAAAAUAGCAUUUUAAUUCGGACGAACGCGCAAAGCGGAACACAAACGAACUGCUCGAGCGGAAUCGCUAGGAAUCAAUACAUUGGGAUUACAGUCGGUGGACAUUGGAACAAUGGCCGAAGUGCGACGCAGGAAGGGCGAGGAGGAGCCACUGGAGGACACCGCCGUCUCCGGAUCCGGAGGAGCAGCCAAUAAGCGCAAUUCCUCCGCAGCCGAUUCUUCGGAUCAUGUGGACUCGGAGGAGGAGAAGAUUCCCGAGGAGAAGUUUGUCGAAGAGCUGGCCAAGAAUCUGCCACAAGGAACCGACAAGACACCCGAAAUACUUGACUCAGCCCUCAAGGAUUUGCCAGAUAGAUGGAAGAAUUGGGUCAUCCGCGGCAUUUUCACAUGGAUUAUGAUCUGCGGCUUCGCAUUGAUCAUCUAUGGCGGACCGCUGGCCUUGAUGAUCACGACUUUGUUGGUGCAGGUUAAAUGCUUCCAGGAAAUCAUUUCCAUUGGGUACCAGGUGUAUCGGAUCCAUGGUUUGCCCUGGUUCCGGAGUCUCUCUUGGUACUUCUUACUUACCUCCAAUUACUUUUUUUACGGCGAGAAUUUGGUUGACUACUUUGGCGUCGUCAUUAAUCGAGUGGAGUAUCUCAAGUUCCUGGUGACCUAUCACCGCUUCCUAUCCUUUGCACUAUACAUAAUUGGUUUCGUUUGGUUUGUGCUUUCGCUCGUAAAGAAGUACUACAUCAAGCAGUUCAGCCUGUUUGCCUGGACCCACGUCUCCCUGCUGAUUGUCGUCACCCAGAGCUACCUUAUUAUCCAGAACAUAUUCGAGGGCCUUAUUUGGUUCAUCGUACCUGUCUCCAUGAUUGUGUGCAAUGAUGUCAUGGCGUACGUGUUCGGCUUCUUCUUCGGGCGCACGCCCCUUAUCAAGCUCAGUCCCAAGAAGACCUGGGAGGGCUUCAUCGGGGGUGGCUUCGCCACCGUGCUCUUUGGCAUUCUGUUCUCCUAUGUGCUGUGCAACUACCAGUACUUCAUCUGCCCCAUCCAGUACUCGGAGGAACUGGGUCGCAUGACCAUGUCCUGUGUACCCAGCUAUCUGUUCACGCCGCAGGAAUACAGUCUCAAGUUGUUUGGCAUUGGGAAAACUCUAAAUCUCUACCCCUUUAUUUGGCACUCGAUCUCCCUGAGCUUGUUUAGCUCCAUUAUUGGACCAUUUGGCGGUUUCUUUGCCUCCGGCUUCAAGAGAGCGUUUAAAAUUAAGGACUUUGGCGAUAUGAUUCCCGGACAUGGCGGCAUCAUGGAUCGCUUCGAUUGUCAGUUCCUCAUGGCCACCUUUGUCAACGUCUAUAUAUCCAGCUUCAUCAGAACUCCGUCGCCGGCGAAGCUGCUGACACAAAUCUACAACCUCAAGCCCGAUCAACAAUACCAAAUUUAUCAGUCGCUUAAGGACAACCUGGGUGACAUGCUAACCUAAGCUUAAUCGGUUAAAUUCGGACAAGAUGUUUGCUUUAGUCGUACGUUCUACAAUAAUGUAAUGCCGAAAUUUCUAUAUAUACAUUGAUAUAUAUAUCUGUAAGCAAAGGGCAAGCACUUUUCAGCAGCCACAUAAAAUAAGUAAAUAUGGGCAUAAUUUUUGUUAUGUUUUUAGUCCUUAGUUAGAUUUUGUUGCUACAUUUUAGUUAAUUUCCUAAGUUAGUGUUUUCAUUUACUUGAAUUAAGUUAAACCGAUUGUGUUGGCAGAAUUCUUACGUUGUGCAAUCGUAUUAUUAAGCGAUUCCAUUAAUUUUAAUGCCCUAGUGACAAAUCCAACGCAAGGCAAAGCAAACAGAAUAACUAUGAAUUUAAUAUCGACUAUGUGUGUGUGAGUGUUGUUAGUGAAUUUACUUACCUUAACUAUAACUUUAGAGAUGAUCAGGCAAGUAGCGCCAGAAGCUGGAGAUUAGCAUAAUUAAAGCGCAUUUUAGUUAAUUACCUGAGAAACGAGAAGGCGAUCAAGCUAUCGGGAAGGAAUCUGCAAUGCUGUAAUUCUAUGUAGUGCAAUACGUUAACAGUAAACAAUUGAUUAAUCAAUUCAAUAUUUAUUUAUGAACGUUCCUUUGGUCAUACAAUUCAUAAGUAUCAUCCUCAACCCGUGAACUUUCUCAAAAAGUACAUAGAUGAUAUAUAAUCGGUUACUUAUAAAUCCUGUUAUACGAGUAUAUGUAUGGCAUUUAUAGAAGAAAUGCAGUUUGGGGUGUUUUAAUGAACAAAGUGUACAAAGAUUUCAAUUUAAAAAUCUUAAAGUGUCUAUGUUAAAUAUACGAAAAUGAAUGAAUAUAAAAAAAAUUAACGAA